AUGGCCAUCAACGGAGAGGCAGCUUUUGGCACCCCACGUCACAACAAAAAACCACAGUCCAAAAGCUGCUCAGGGGCUCAGGGCAAGUUUGCCUACAAGCUGCUCAACGACCUGUUUGCCAACUACUCCAACGCGCUGCGUCCGGCAGAAGAUACCGACCGAGCUCUCAAUGUCACGCUGCAGGUCACCCUGUCCCAGAUCAUCGACAUGGAUGAGAGGAAUCAAAUCUUGACAGCUUACCUGUGGAUCCGGCAGGUGUGGGUGGACGCCUACCUGAGCUGGGAGAAGGAGGCUUACGAUGGCAUUGACACCAUACGGAUCCCAAGCAGCUACGUCUGGAGGCCGGACAUUGUUCUGUAUAACAACGCCGAUGACCAGUUCACGGGCUCGAUGGAGACCAACGUGGUGAUCCACUCGGACGGCCAGAUCAUGUGGGACUCUCCGGCCAUCACCAAGAGCUCCUGCAAGGUGGACGUCUCCUACUUCCCCUUUGACGGCCAGCAGUGCCGACUGACCUUUGGCUCCUGGACCUACAACGGCAACCAGAUUGACAUCCUGAACAAGCAGGAGACGGGGGACCUGACGGACUUUGUGGAGAACGUGGAGUGGGAGGUCCUGGGGAUGCCGGCCAAGCGCAGCGUGGUCACCUACGGGUGCUGCUCGGAGCCCUACCCGGACGUCACCUACACGCUGCACCUCAAGAGGAGGGCUUCCUUCUACAUCUUCAACCUGCUUCUCCCCUGCAUCAUGAUCUCUUUCCUGGCCCCGCUGGGAUUCUACCUCCCGGCUGACUCCGGGGAGAAGGUGUCCUUGGGGGUGACCGUCCUCCUGGCACUGACCGUCUUCCAGCUGCUGGUGGCCGAGAGCAUGCCCCCCUCGGAGAACGUGCCCCUCAUCGGCAAAUACUACAUCGCCACCAUGACCAUGAUCACGGCCUCGACCGCCUUGACCAUCUUCAUCAUGAACAUCCACCACUGCGGCCCUGGCGCCAAACCCGUCCCCAGGUGGGCCAAGAAGCUCAUCCUGCAGUACAUGGCCCGCAUCUUCUUCGUCUACGAAGUGGGGGAGAGCUGCAAGAGCCCCCGGCCGGACCCGGAGCCCGCCCCCAAAGCCCGCGUGGCCAACGGCGGGGGCCCCACGCGGGGGGUGGGCAGGGGGAGAUCCCCCGGCGAGGAAGCGCCGCCCCGCCGGUCUCCUUCGCAGGGGCCCAGCAGCCCCUCGGAGCAGCCCGGCUGGGGCGAGGGCAGCCAGUACGUGGACCUGGAGGGCGGGGAGGGCGAGUCUGCGGAUCAGGCCCCCUGCGCCAAGAGCCGCUGCCUCUGCCACCACCACAGCAUCCUCAGGAACGUGGAGUACAUUGCCAACUGCUUCCGGGACCAGAAGGCGGCCUCCAGGCGGACCGGGGAGUGGAAGAAGAUCGCCAAGGUGAUGGACCGCUUCUUCAUGUGGGUCUUCUUCGCCAUGGUAUUCAUCAUGAGCGUCCUCAUCAUGGGCCAAGCCAUCUGAGAUGCCCCAGAGGAGCAGGAAGCAUGCCAGCAGAGCCUCCUUCCUGCUCCUCAGCCGGGUGCUGCGAUAUCAUCACCAUCAUCAUCAUUUUUUGGAAGGAGAACUUGCCCUGCAAAAAGUGGGUCACGUAGGGCUGGCGGACGGUGCUGGCAGAAGGUCCAAUCUGCUGGCAGGACUAGGGCAUUUCUGAUGGGCACCCAGGGAAGUGUGAGCUGGACAGGUGAGCCCCAAGACCCCUUGGGAUGCCAUAGGUGGUGCUGGGGUGCAGCUCUUGGACCAUGGGGGUGGGCAACAGCAUGUCCAGGGGCUCUGGGGGUCCCUUCCAACUCUACAGUUCUGUGUCGAGCCAGAAAUUGGAUACUACGGACAUGACCGCUGCUUCUGCAUCCACCACCACACCAAUCUAGCGGAUGAGCGAUUGAGUCUUUGGCUGCUGCACACACACAGCUGCCCCACAACCCUAGGAGCAGAGGAACAGCUGCCAAGUCAGGACAUUGGUUCAUUCAUCUCAGUAUUGUCUACACUGACGGGCAGCAGCUGGCCAGGGUUUCAGGCAAGGGAGUCUUUUCCAGCCCUCUCUGGAAGACGCCUUUAGGGGAUGAAUGUGGGACCUUCUACACGCAAGGCCUCCUGGUCUACGGCUCUGUCCACACUGCAGCUUAAUGUGGAUUAUGAACCCCUCGUGCUUCCUUUAAUUCCUCCUUGGACGCAAGCAGCAGUCUCUUCCGUCUACUGCCAUUGCACACUUUCUCCUCUCAGAAUCCCGAGGUUCCCUAUUGCUUUGAAAAUCCAAACAGGAGAGCGCCAUCAAUGGCAUUGGUGCAAUUUGUGAUUAUCCAAACACUUGCACU